GCUCCCCCCGGGCACUGCGGAAGCGAUUCCCCGUGGGCUGCUCCCGCACGGCUCGGGCUGCGCGUCCCGUCGUGCCUCCCCCUGCUCGGAGUCCUGGGCUGGGUUCCCCGGCAGCUGUUCCAGGCUGGGACUUCAGCGCUGUCAGUCCGAGAGUUAUUUGCUUUCAGCUAAAUUUAAUUUAAACUGACUCCGCGGUCGUAAGAGAAGCUCAGGGAAAAAUGUCAGUUUGUGGAUUGUUUUCCUUAGCUCGGAUUUAAAGAUCUCUCCCUGUAUAUCUGGAAGGCAUGCCCCAAACACUGAGUUCUACCAGUAUGUUUACCCCAUGUAGCUUCAGCCCUCAUCUACAUACUUCAAAAGAAGAUGAACAAGGAGGACUUAUCUUCCAGGAUGGAAACCUUACCUCAGCAUCUCUGGAUGCUCUAAUCCAGCAUCUCAUACCUACCACUGAUUACUACCCUGAGAAAGCCUAUAUCUUUACAUUCCUGCUGAGUUCCAGACUCUUCAUUGAACCCCACGAGCUUUUGUCCCGAGUUUGUCACAAGUGCAUUGAGCAGCAGCGGCUGGAUGACCCUGUGCUGGACAAGGCACGGAUCAGAAAAUUUGGACCCAAAAUCUUACAGUUACUGACGGAGUGGACGGAAACAUUCCCGUAUGACUUCCAGGAAGAGCGGAUGAUCGGCCAUCUGAAAGACAUGAUUCACAGGAUAGCCCCGUGCGAUGAGGCCUACUGGAAAAAGAUGAAUCAGCUUUUGCAGACCCUGAAUCAGAAGCUCGCCACCCUCAGCCAUGGGCAAGAAGGGAUUGUCAAGAUCAAUGCUGCUGUCUCUGAUAAACUGGUUGCCUUUAAAAGUAAACCUCCAUCAAUUCAGAGAGAAAUCCUGAGCGUCUGCAGUGACCCUUACACUCUGGCUCAGCAGCUGACACACGUGGAGCUGGAGAGGCUAAGUCACAUUGGACCUGAGGAGUUUGUGCAGGCAUUUGUACAUAAGGACCCUCUGGAUGGCACCAAGCCUUGUUUCAGUGACCAGAAGACCAGUAACCUUGAGGCCUAUGUGAAAUGGUUCAAUAGGCUUUGCUACCUCGUAGCAACAGAAAUUUGCAUGCCUGCAAAAAAGAAACAGCGAGCACAAGUCAUCGAAUUCUUCAUUGACGUUGCCCGAGAAUGCUUUAACAUAGGGAACUUCAAUUCACUGAUGGCAAUCAUUUCUGGAAUGAACAUGAGUCCUGUUUCCCGGCUAAAGAAGACUUGGUCAAAAGUAAAAACAGCCAAGUUUUUCAUUCUUGAGCACCAGAUGGACCCUACUGGUAACUUCUAUAACUACAGAACGGCAUUGCGGGGGGCUGCUCACAGGUCCCUCACUGCACACAGCAAUAGGGAGAAGAUUGUGAUCCCCUUCUUCAGCCUAUUGAUCAAAGACAUUUAUUUUUUGAAUGAAGGAUGUGCUAAUCGCCUUCCAAACGGACAUGUCAACUUUGAAAAAUUCCUGGAACUGGCUAAGCAAGUGGGAGAAUUUAUAACAUGGAAGCAAGUGGAAUGUCCCUUUGAACAAGAUGCUAACAUAAUCCACUACCUGCACACUGCUCCCAUUUUUACUGAAGAUGGUUUAUAUCUGGCUUCUUAUGAAAGUGAAAGCCCAGAAAACCAGACAGAAAAAGACAGAUGGAAAUCCUUAAGAUCCACUAUUUUAGGUAAGACUUGAAGAUGAAGAGAUUCCUGCAGUAGGUCAAGGAAAAGAAAUCCGCAAACAUUUUGCACUACUGAUUCCAAAGAUGCCUGUUUGGGAUUUAGACAAAUUCUUUUGAGUUUUUUUGUUGGCCUUUUUUUUUUUUUCUUCUUCUUUUACUUUUCCUUUUUCUUUUUUAUUCUUUUUGGCUGCCUAACGUGAUGGAUGAACUGGAUUCAUCCGCCGAAAUCAGAACUGUGCACAAGGACGCUUUUUUAACUCUGAGACAGAGAGUAAGGACAAACAUUGAUUUGUGGCUGUGCCCAAACUGCGUCAGGAUCGCUGGAACUUUUGCCUCUGAAGGAGAAUAGAAGAAAAUCAGGAGCAUGGAGAACCACGGUACUGCAAGAGAGAAUGGGAAAGUGUAAAAAAAGCAAAGAAAAAAUAGGCAUAAAUAUUUCAGAAGCAGGUGCUUCAGACAGCAGCUCCUCAAACCCUCUGGGGAUUAUAAAACUGAAUCAGACACAGCAGCAAUCUGGUUAAUUGCUGAAUGAAGAAAGAAGAACUUACUCUAACGUUAGCAGUCCCCCGGCCUUGUUGAACAAAGCACUGACUGCAACUGGUAUAAGCUUCCAGUGGAUGAAGAGGACAUCACUCGCUCAUAGAUUCCCAUGUAUGUCACACACAGAUCAUGUCAGCGUGGGAGAGCUGUGCAAACCCCGUGACUUUUUACAGAGAACAAUCCUAAGUAUGACUAUUGCUUAGUUACUAUUCCUGCCACUGCUGUUGUUUUUCUUACUGUGAAUGCUGGCAGAUCUGAGGAGGUUGUAGAGUGUAUAUGGUAUUCCUUAAGGACCCCCUGCACCCAACAUUUAAAGCUGAACUGAAGGAGAUGGACUCAGUUUACCUCUAUUUAAUGUGUGUAGCCUAUUCCCUAAUUUUGUUCCUGCUGAUGUGCAUCCUUUAGAGGGCUUUAUCACACUUAAAGGAUACCGCAUUAUUAUACAGUAUUAUACAGUACUGUUUAUUUUGCAAUGUGAUGCUAAGAGGAUAGGAAGGAAGAAGUAAUCGCUCUGUGAGAGAAAGGGUAAUUGCUUUAAAAAGACGAAGGGUUUCAGACUAGAAUUAAUGCACUCAAGUACAAAAUCCGUCAUUCAUUAGCAGAUAACCACUUUCUUCCUCUUUAGUUUUUAGGUUCUAAACAGUGUCUACCACUUCCUUAUAGGUAAUAACAAGCAGGGAUGUCUUCUUUUUAAACUCGUACAGUGAUCGUGGUGCUACUUUAACAUAUAUAAGAAGUGAUAAUGAUAAUGAGGAUGUUAGAGUGAAAAGCCAGAACAGUUUGUGUGUGGAAGGAGUGUAUGUAUGUGGAAGGGCUGUUCCCACUUGCCCCCAAGCCCCUGAAAACCUCAAAAAGCUUAGCUGAAACCUAAAUGCCAUGUGAUACUUUGCUUUAUUACUGACUUGAUGCUGACCUUUCAGAUGUUCCGCUCUGCCUAUAAUAGCAGGGCAUAAAACUUUCUUUGAAAUCAUUAACUGCUUUAUUUCAAUUUAGAGUGAUUCCAAAUGGUUUGGAAAACUGAAGUUAAUCAUAAAAUCUGGUUAUACUGGUCUGCACGUUUAGACAGAAAGCUGAAACUGCUCCUGCCCACUGCCAGGCCUCACAAAGGUUGUCCAUGCCUGAGUGAGGUGUUGAAAUCUGAGGCAUUGGUGAGGUGGUAUUUGAGGGCAGCCCAGGCAGCUGAGCUGAUCUUGAGAGCAGUGGCCGGAGACAUGCUCUGUGUCAUAUGCUAAAGCUUGGUAUCUCCUGUGCAGUUCUUAGGUUGGGUUUUGAUCUGUGGAAACCUGUGCAAUCUGUAUUGUGGCCACAUGGCAUCCAGUCUUGCAGCUGGUUGAGAUGAGCCGUCAAGGUGAGCAGGGCAGCUACUUGCAUACACAGGGAUAUGAUGCAGAGCACUGACUCUCCUCUCCAUUUACCUACCAGCGCACAAGUUCAAGCAGGGAGAACAUAAAAAUGUCAUGUCUGUAUUCGGGCUCUGUAUGGAAGAACUAAGUGUGAGGAUGGGAUGGUGUCCUUCCAGCCAGGGAGCAGUUAUCCCGGUGAUGCUGUUGAUAUACUCUGUUAAUGUUCAUACAUGAGCCGAGAGCUGUACAGGGAAACAUGCACACAUAGCCAUUGCUUCCAGCAGAACCAUUUCCAAAAUGAUGCCAUUAAAAAAAUUGUUUUAUUCCAACCAAAUCCAGAGCAAUAACCAUAAACGUAUCCAUAAACAACGGUAAUGCUUACAUGUGUUUGCUAAAUGGUCUUCUUUGGGUUGUUUUGUUUUGUCUGCAUCUUUUUAAUAGACACAGCACGACUUCAUGGUAGGAUGGGUUUUUUAGUUGUCUGAGACCCACUGUGGGUAGGUGGGCCCCUAAAACUGCUUUUUAAAGUGCAAAUGCUCAUUUUCCAAUGGUCACUAGAGGCCGGUGCAGCCAAGGUGAUAACACCCAAAGAUGAAUCAAAUGUUCCUUUCUCAUGAUAUUUUACAUCCUUGGGUAAUUUCCAUGAAUUCAGGCAAUUCUGUAAGUAUGAGUUAAAAUUCGGUCUCAUAGCAUUUAUCACCGCUGCAAAUGAAUUCACAUUCGCAGUCCAGAAUUUUCAAGCCCUGGCACUUAAAACGGAAGCAUUGUAGUUAGAUUUAGGGAGGUAUUAAGGGCUUAGUAGGACUUUCAGAAGCACCAGAUCAUCUUCAAGCCUCUAUAUAAUCCCACAUUUAAAAGGGUUUUUUUUUCCAAAGGUGCUGAACAUCCUCAUCUCUCGGUGGAUACUGAAGCAAUUAAUGCUUCAUAGAAGUGCAUGGCAGAUUGAUGCCGGUGCACAGAGCAGUAUAUGAUCUCCAGAAAUGCUGCUUGCACCUUGCAAUAUAACUGUAAGGCAGGUGGUCAUUAAACUAACAUGAAGACAAAUUACAGCUAUGGCAUGGCUUUCCACCACUGUUUUUUGGUGAAUUUGCCUCCCUGAUAACUGCGUGGGCUAAUGCAGCACAGGGAACAGCAAAUCUAGAGCUGGAGGUCUUAGUGGGACUUUCAGGAUCAUCUCAGGGUGCAUUAACACCUUAAGCCAGUGAGAUGACACAGUCUUUCAGAAGCAUUAAUUUUGCUUCUGCCUAUACAGCAAUAUUUUAAAAGGCCUACAUUUAAUAAAUCACUUCUGCUGCUCCUCCUGUGCAAUCCAAGCAGCAGUACAAGUCCUGGUUUUUUUGACAGUGCCAUUCUGCAACAUAGGGCAAGAUCCAAAGCCCAUCAAAGAACAAGCUGUGUGCCUUCAGCUUGUGCUGAAGUCAGCAGAGGAACUUGCUCGGUGCCUUCCAAAAGACAGUUAAUCAUAGUCUUGCCCUCCAUUUCACAUCAGUGUCAAUCACAUCACCUCAAUAAAGGUAAACAGAUAACUUAAACAUAGAUCUCCUGGCCAUGACUGAAUUUGGAAGGUAGAAAACUUGUGGGGUCUCAAGGAGAAGAACCCCACACACCAGGGUGCACUUGCACAGCACAUCAUUAUCCCUCUGCUUGGCAGGUGGUAGUUCUGCUGUACAGCUGGUGGGAGCUCCCCAUGUAGGUAGAGAAGGUCUGGAAGCAAACUGUGAUCUCAGCAGUGCUGGGAUCAACAAGCUGCAGACACAGCUGCUAAGGCACUUCAAAUGAGAAUCCUUUUUUUACCUCAGCUUGGAAAUACGUUAUGAUGUGGUCAGUAUUGGUAAGAUAAUCACCCACUUCCAAAUCAAGCCAGCCCAUUACUGACACCUUGGUUAGUUUGUCAUGUUUUAUUGCAAUAGUUUAUGCACCUUUUCUUAAAGCACACAAGCACUGGUUUGCACAAUGGUAAAUCCAGCUUAGAAUAGCGUUCAGGUUACUGAAUGUGUAGUUGGAAUCAUCAAAAAGAAAAUGUGUUGGUAGAAAAGAUACUGUUAUGCAAAUCAGUCUAAAAAUGUGAUGCAGUUAACAGUAUCUAGCCCAAUAAUGACUGUGUUAUGGGAGAGACCAAACACAAGCUCAGUGAUGUACCAAGGGAAAAACUCCAGUCGAUUUUGAUGGGUUUUGGAGCAGUUCUGCAACUAUAACUGUAGCACUACUCAAGGUUAUUCGUACGAAGAUUACAUUCCUUUGGCAAUUUAAAUAGUCCUUGGCCUUUUGUUAGAGCCAGUUGUAACUCUCAGAUGGGCAGGUGCACUUAAUAGGGUGAAAAUCCAGCCUUGGCCAAAGUCUUCUCUGACAUUGCUGAAGUUUCAGAAGCAAAUUCAAGGACUGAAUUUGAUCCAGAGAAUUAAUUCACAUCUGAGAGCAGAAUUUGGCCUUCUGGCUUUGAAACCUUUUUGCUUUUUAAAGCGGUAGAAAUCAGCCUUACUGUCUCAGGAGUGUAUUUUAUCAGAAAUUAAAACCCCUUUGAUUGUAAACUGAGUAUUUCCAUUGUUACACCUGCAGAAUAGGAUUGGGUAGAGGUGAGGAAGCAUGACAGAGCUCCCUGCUCCUUUCUCAAAGGCUCAACUGUGAGCCAAAAGCUUUCUCUUCUCUUUUGUUAUCCAUUAGGUGAAAUUACCUCAGCAUUUGGUGCAGGGAAUUACUGAACUGUGUCUGGGGAACAGCACUGACAUAUCUGGUAUCCAUACAGCACAUACACUGACGGGGGUGCAGCAGUGAUAGAAGUUCUGUCAUGCAAAUUCCUGUCCAAGCCCUGAGGUUUGUGAAGAUCCUUUGGAGGACUGGAAACAGAGGAGAAUUUGUUCCGUCAUUGACAGAGAUUUUGAGAUCCAAGCAGCAGGUAAAAUAAGUACUACAGAAUUAUGAGUAACACCUUUAUGGUUGUUAACUUUUGUAUUUCACAGCAUGGCAGCAGGGUGGAAAAAGAUAACUGUGCAAGUGCUAUUCCUAUUAAUGUCAAUGGCAGCUGGGCAGGCCAAGGCAGGAGGGAAUACAGUGACACACAGUGAUGCAUGCAGCAAGCUGUAGCAAUACCUUUACAUCAAUACUGGUUAUGUUGGAAAGGAAGCACACUGCCUUGGAGUGCCCCUUUCUCUGCAGUCACCAGGAGCUGCUCUGUAGUCCCUGAGCAGAGCAGGGGUGGCAACAAAUAAGUUACCAUUUUUUUUUCAGUGGAACAGAUUUGGGGGCGGAUCUGUUUUGUAUUUAUUUCUUUUACAGUUCUUUUUGCAUAUUUCCAGAUAUGCAAAAAAUAUCAGCUGCGCUGUCAGUGCGCACAGGAGGCAUCACAUUCUGCAUUUUUAUACUAUGCAAGAUGUAUAUUAGAAGUUAAUAGCUUGUACGGGUGGCAUUUCAUACCCUCUGCAGAGGUGCAAGACACAGAAACUCAGGCUAUAACCUCAAUUUAAAGCUAAGUAUGGAUAACUUGUCUAGAUCCCUUGCCUUGCACUGUGGCCCAGCUCAGACUGUAAUGCUGUACAUUCAGAGUGGCUUGACCUGCCAUCUCUCCCCUUGAUGCCUUUCCCUCCACAGAAUUUUGCUCUAUAAACAGCUCUUGCAGAAUGCCAUGGGAAUAUUUUUCUGGUUCUCUGCCAUACAUGGGCUCCACACUCACAUACCAGAGCUGUCACUUUAAGAGUCCCUUCUCCCUUCCUUCCUGGCACCAGAAGUACCAGCCCAGACUAGAACUGCAGUGCAGCAUUGCUCCCAGGCCUUCCUGAAAGCAGAAGGCUUCAAGUUCAGAACUCACAUGUCUUGUAAGUUAAAUACCUGUACAGUAAACUUCAUUCUGAAAUGUGCACAGCCUAUUUAAUGGAACUGUGACCAGAAAAUCCCAGAACCCAGCUACCUUUUAGAGAAAUGCAACUUCCUCAGUGAGCUGUAACUGGUCAGUAUUGCAUCAUUGCUUUCAUUAUUUAAGCAUUUACAGUCCCCAUCUUUUGGGGACAACUAAGUGUGUGAUUGUUUCCUGAUGUUUGGCAUAUGAGUACACAGAGUCCAGCAAAUGGGGGCUACAGUCUAGACAGCUGACAUGAGAUGUAUUUUCAUAACAGCCCAAGCUGGAUUAGUGCUUAUAGCAUGUCCUCACCUUGAAGAAGGAACUGUUCCAGUAAAAUCCUCCAAACUCUCAGAGCUUUGUGAAAGAUACAAGCUAUUAGACGUGUUCUGAGGUAGGAUUCUGACAAACGGGCAAGUACUUCCCUUAGGAGUCGGCCUGUGAAAUGAAAUAAAAGUGCCAGUAUGAGACACAGAUGGGAAAUAAAUUAGCCUCUGGGUUUUGGAGCUCUUCACUUUUAGCAAGUCUUCAUCAGUAUGUGAAGGUGAGAAAUCAGAAUCACGGAAUUACAAAUCAGAUUGUUUGGGGUUGUUUUUUUCCCCACUUUUAGCAAGCCCUGUGAAAUGUGUCAGUACCAGCUAUCUUAAACCUGUACCCUAAGAGCACAUUACUCCAAACAUACAUUCACAGUCCUAAAAACGAGUAAGCAGAAUUGUCCUUAUGGCCAGACUGAGGAAGUGAGAGAUGUGUCUGCGGUCACCUGGAAAACACGUGCUUUCAAAAAGUGACCCCAAAUUGUUUGCAACUUUUACAUUCCAGCUAUUCUAAUUCCUUGUUACUACUGUGCUUGGGAAAAAAAAUAUGGAAAUAAAUUAGUUUUUAAGGAAGAAUAAGCUAGGAUAUAAAGGAACUAUGGAUUAAAAGACUGGUAGGUACUGAUUGCGUGAUGAAUAGGAACGAGGGGCUGUGUUUUUUCCAUAGUUUUUUUUUUUUUAAAUUAAGCUAUUUCAUUUGCAGGCCGAACUGAAUUCCCUUUACCCUCCACAAUACACAAACCAUGUAGGUUUAUUGGAAGCCCUCAAAGCAAUGACCAACACUUUAUCAGCUGCGCAGGCAGAGAACAGUAAGGUUACUUGAAAGUGGCUGUUAUGAUUUGGUGACUGUACAUAGAUAUUGCAAAAUGUUAAUGGUAAAAUGCAUCCUGUACCCCCAUAAACACUGCAAGAAUAGCAUGGUCAUUGUUAUGCUUUAUAGCUGUUGUGGAAGAUGUCUUAACCCGCGUCCAUGAUGAUAGUGCCAAUCCUACUCCCAUGCCUUUUUAUACAGUUGUGGUAAGAUUGUUAUGAAAUCCUUUUGUCAGUCAUGUUCAAGCUAACUUACCUGUGUAUAGAAUUUAUAUAUUAAAACCCCCCUAAUUUAUACUGUGUUUUAACAGUUUGCCUGAACUGUCUCUGGUUUCUAAAUUUUGUAAUGUGAGUGUCGAAUAAGAAGAAUAAAAACAACUGGCCCAGCUGUAUG